AUGUUGAACUCCGAGUUCAACGGACUUCUUGAAGAGCCUUUUGCGAAGGUGGAUUUGUACCCAGAAGGAUUGCGUGAACAAAUCAAUGGCUUCAACCAGUGUAUUAAAGGGCACCUCAAUGAUGGUGUUUACAAUGCUGGACUUGCCAAGGAACAAAAAGUCUACGAAGAACACGUCCAAGAUGUGUUUUCUCACUUGGACAUGCUCGAGGGUGUUCUUCAAUCAAAUCUACAGGGUAGCCCUGAUAAUGUAUUUUUGACUGGUGCUCAAUUGGCAGAGCUGGAUAUUUGGUUGUUUCCAACUAUUGUUAGAUUUGAUGUUGUGUACCAUCAGCACUUCAAGUGCAACUUGAAAAUGUUGAGACAUGAUUAUCCGCACAUUCAGAAGUGGUUGCAGAACUUGUACUGGAAUGUUCCUGGAUUCAAAGAGACAACACAUUUCGAUCAUAUCAAGAAGUUUUACGCAUCCAACAGGGAGCUUAACCCACAUGGAAUCACACCUCUUGGCCCAGUUCCAGACAUGUUGCCUUUGUGA